CUUUUCCCAACCGCCAGCGGAUGUGUUCAGCUCGACUCGAAGCUUUAAAACAAUGGCCAAGAAAAUGUCAACCUAAAUUGCUUCAUGUCGUACAAAAAAGAAAAAGUCAUCGUUUGACCAAACAAAAGUACCCGCUCGAAUAUAGUCUGUAUCUUCCGAGUAUUUUUACCCAGACUAUCUUUCAUAUGGGUAAACACUACGCCCUCGAGCGAUUUCCGUAAUUUGCCAACUAAGGUUAACUUCAAAUGUACAUGGGCCAAUAAACGACAACAGCUUUGAGCCAAAACCUACACGGAAAAGUUACACACGUGCACCACAUGGAAGUAGCCAGAAAAUAGAGCUGGAAAAAUUAAUCUAGUUUAAAUUGACCAUACAAAGUAACGAGAGUCACACGCCCACAAUAUUUGUAAAAAAGAGUGGGCGAUCGUCACACUUGUAUUCUAGAGGACAGAGCGUUAAAGAAGUGUAUUUUUCGAAAAAUUAUCUUCUAAAUAUAGAUAUUGUUGAGCAAGGAGAAAUUCGAAAGAAAAUACUUGAAUAGCAGCAGGUGCCCGGAAAAAUUUGUUUAAAAAGAGAAGAGAAGGCAUCUUUUUUGGCAAGGGUGAUCUUUAUACAACAAAGAAUUGUUUGAGCACAAACAACUUUUCUCUGAUCUCUUUCUUUUCCUUAACAUAAAGCGACGGGCGAGAGAUACCCUCUAAUUACAUUUGAAAAUAAAAAAAAAGAAAUUUUGGAACGGCAUGAAAUUUAUACCUACAUUCAAUGAAUUUUUAUCUAAAAAACCGUCAAAACAAAAGAUAGUGUUAUCAACGCUCUGAGUAACCGUUUAUUAGCAGAAAUAUUAGUAAAACACUAAGACUUGCAAAAAAGCAUUUACUCAUUUAUUUAAUUUCUAAAUAAACACCAACACGAGAAAACAAAGUCACGUCAAUCUGCGACCCAAUAAAGUGGCCAAUUAUGUGUAACCUCUAAAUGUUUUCAGUUCUUUUAGCGAAAUCGAUUUGUCACUCAAAAUGCAAUUCAUCAAUGAAAAAUUCGGACAAAGGGAAUUGAGUUUCCUAUCCGAGUAGUGGGGAUCGGGCGGCGUAAACGUAGAUAGUUACUUAUAUAUAUAUAUAUAUACGUAUAUGUAUAGAAUAACAUGUUUGCUCGGCUAACCAAAUAAGUCGAAGAGUAACACACCUACGCUGGAUUUCUAUUGUAUUUAAUUUCGUUUAAUUAAAAUCCAUUUACAAUAUGGCGAGCAGUUGCAGCGGCGCAUUUGAUUUCGAUUGCGAGUUUAAUUGAUGUAAUGUCAGCUUGUAUAGUUGAAUAACAUAAUUUAACUCUUAAGUUUAAUUAUCAUUCGAAAAUGCUGUAUACCCUACCGAACGAGUAUAUUUGGCUUGGCUCGGCUAUCGCUCUAUGAAAACACCUGAUAAAUGAUCAGUCGUCGGUUUUGCCUGUGACCGAAACGUUGUUCGCCGUUGUUAAUAUUAAAAAUUUUACGGCAGACACUUAAAUGCAAGUUGGUGACAAGCCCCCAAUGGAGACACUUGAUUAAACAAAACGUUUACGUUAGGCUAAUGUUUUUAAGUGAUCUAAUAAUUUACUUGUUUAUAUAACGAUUCUAAAUGGGCCAAGACAGAAUGGCAUCGUCAGUGAUUGUUUUUUACGCGCUUAUGUGUAUCGGAUUCUCCAAAGCUUCGUUAAAUGAUAUUCCCGAAAUCACCCCCGCAAUAGAUAACAAUUUAUCUUUUCAAUAUGACAAUACCAGCUCGAGUCCUCCACGGAUUAAAAAUGGUAAGGCGUCCGUCGAACUUCGCCGAAGUGCCGAAAAUAUUUUUCUUGUGACCUAUUAUUCCUGCAAGGACAACUACAAACUCAACCGUGCCGAAGAAAAUGCAAUCUAUUGCUCAAAUGGGAUCUGGCUUGGUAGGAAACCCAUUUGCACAAAGAUUCGUAAAGGAAAAACGCAUCCGAAGAAGCAAAAGAAAAGAUGUGGGAUUAAUAAUGGCGGUUGUGCUCAUCUAUGCAACAGAUCAACUCAUAAAUGCGAAUGCUAUGAGGGUUAUACCCUGAAUACCACCGAUCUCAUAAGCUGUAAUGAUAUCGAUGAGUGUAAGGAAUCGAAUGGCGGCUGCUCUCAAGAUUGCUACAACUUUCCUGGUGAUUUCAUAUGCACCUGUAAUAGUGGUUUUAUAAUAGACGAGAGUGAUGAAAAAACUUGCUUGGACAUUGAUGAGUGCGCCGAUGCCAAACUUUCUUGGGACUGUACGGCUGGCUGCGAGAACCGAAAUGGAACAUACAAAUGCCUUCCGUCACUGGUGGACACCGAAGGCGAAGGUUUCUCCCCGGGUGAAAUAGUGUGCAGGUCCGGAUUUAAGCUGUCCGCCGAUGGCAGUGAGUGUCAGGAUAUUAACGAAUGCGAUUUGGAGGAUAUAGAUUCAGUUUCUGGGCGAGUGACUUACCCUUACUGUGAGCACAAGUGUGAGAAUACAAUAGGUUCAUAUAUUUGCCAUUGCCCCGAAGGAUAUCAUCUACUCGAGGAUCGUCAUAGUUGUAUUUUGGAUGGCUCCGAAUUACCGCCAUCGAAAGACCCGCCAGUCAGAGAGUAAACACCAAGGACAACCCAAGCACCCAAUAUACCUUCAAACGAUAUAUGCCCUCUGUUUAAGAGUCCAGCCAACGGAAAGGCUUCUUGCAAUAAGUAUCUCCAAAAUGGCUUCAACUACACUGGUUGCAAUAUUACCUGCAACGCGGGUUAUAUUCUGCAGGGUUCACAAUUCGCGAGUUGUGGACACACCGGUCUUUGGUCCAGUCCAGAAGCCAAGUGCGUGGAAUCCCUCGCAUGGAGCUGUCCAGUUUUGACACCUCCACGCAAUGGACGUUUCUAUCCUGCCAGCUGCAAUAAUGGCCCAUCCAAAUCACACGCGAUUUGCGAGCUGUUAUGUGAUCGUGGCUAUUUGCCCGCCUCGGACUUACAGCUCGUUUGUACGACACCAUGGGGCUGGCUCCAAAGAAGAUGGCAGGCUGUGCCACAAUAUGCGUUUCAGCAAUCAGUGAAACAGGACGAGGGCUGCGUGAAGAUCGUCCACCCUUAACCGGAUUAUUCCACUAAGCUGUUUAUUAAUUUUAACUUAUAAAACGCCGCUCCCUUAAAUCAUAAAAAUAAAUUUAACCUAUACUACUGCAUUGAA